GUCCAAUAUGUAAGUGGAUCAGUUACUAUAAAAACGCAUCGGUUUUUUUACAAUAGCAUCAGUUUCUCACCAAACCUACAAUAAUAAAAUUAUCAUGGCAUUCAAAGUUCUUAUUUUCGCAUCCGUUUUGGCUUUCGCCAACGCUGGGAUUUAUGGUGAAGCUCCAUUAGCUCUUCCUGCUACUCCGGUAGUAUCAGCUUACUCAAGCCCACUAUUGACAGCUCCUACUUUAUCCAAAUCUGUUGUUCAAACAUACACCAGCCACGCUGCCCCUGUAGCCGUUACUGCUCCAGUUGUCGCCAAAGCUGCCCCAUUGGUGUCCGCUUAUUCCGCUCCAUUGGCUCUACCAGCACAUGGACCCGUACUAUCAGCUUACUCAUCCCCGUUAGCGUAUGCCGCACCUGCACCAGUUGUUUCAGCAUACUCUUCUCCAGUUGUUUCUGCUUACUCCUCUCCCGUUGUAUCUGCUUAUUCAGCUCCACUUGUCGCCAAAACUGUACCCCAUGUAGCUUACGCUGCACCUGGCCCAGUGGUAUCCGCCUACUCUGCACCAAUUGUUUCUAAAAGUUUAGCUCCAGCACCAAUUGCCUAUGCCGGACAUGCAGCUCCAGUAGUCUCUGCCUAUUCUGCCGGACCAAUUGCUCAACCUUGGUAAUUGACACUUUGAUAUAUGUAUUUAAUUUAUAUAUUUAUAAUAUAAAAAAUGUUAAACAUU